CUAAGUUUGUUCUGCAGUCUGGAAAAGAGAUGGGUAUGACAAAGAUGUAUAAAAUACCGAGUGCUGCAGAGGUGAAUAGAGACCGGUUAUUUGCUGAUUCUUCCAACUCAAAAUAUAGCUACUGUCAAGUGGAACUAGUGCCACCGGGAAGUGACAGAAGCAGGAACUUCUUUGCAGAGUCUGCCACCCAGCUGUGAAAGUCAUCACUAUGGGGUACUAAGGAGACUGAACUUGGCAUGGGCACAAAGAUGGUGUGGAAAAAUGUCCAGAAGAAAAGUCCAUCAAGGACUUGCAUACAGUAGUGCUGCUCUAGCUUUGGAUGUCAGUGAAAAGCUGGGACUGGACAAGUAGGAGAUGUGCCCCUAUCGGCUUAUGUUAUUCUUAGAUCCUUCACUAGCCAUACACCUUUCUUUUUAUUUUAUUUUGAUUUGUUGUGGUCUGGGUUUUUUGUUUGUUUUUUGUUUGUUUGUUUGUGUUUUUUGUUUGUUUUUUGUUUGGUUUGGUUUUUGUAGUUUUUUUGGUUUUGUGUUUUUUGGUUGGUUGGUUGGUUUGGUUUUGUUUUAGUUUGGUUUUUGAUGUGAAACUGGAAGGAAAUCCUGAGAGAGCACCUCAACAGCCCCAUAGAUUUCCAUGGUGGUCAGAGAGUUGGUGGGUCCUGCCUGGUGAGGUUUUGCUCAGGACAAACAGUAGGAAAUAGCCAGUGGGCUUCCCCCAUCAAGUUUCUUCCUCCUGGAGCUGAGACUUGGCCAUGAACAGGGAGAAGCUGAUCAAGAGGCCCCAGGGCUUGGAAUGGAGAAGUUAAAAGUGAGCAGAUAAUUGUGGCCAGAACCUCAGCUCUGGAGUUUUUUAGCUUCUGCAUGUGUAUGUGUAAGUAGGAUCCAAGACAAAAUGGACCUUUGACCAGGCCCAGCACAACCUUUCCAAAAGCUAGGGGCUGUGGCCGGAUACAGCGUGACAUUACUGAGUAUUCAGUCAAGAAAUGGUCACCACCCCUUUACCAGAGACACCUACAUUUCCAUAACUGAGCAGUCACAUCAGUGUCCUGUCCAACUCACACCUCUCUCCUUUGAUUUGUUUCCCCAGAAUCCAGGCUGCCCCACGUGGAGGAGCCACCCCUAGGUCAGAAAGAUGGGGGAAAUGGAACAGAUGAAGCAGGAGGCUGAGCAGCUGAAGAAGCAGAUUGCGGAUGCCCGGAAAGCCUGUGCAGACACGACGCUUGCUCAGAUUGUGUCCGGGAUGGAGGUUGUUGGGCGCAUCCAGAUGCGGACCCGAAGGACCCUGCGGGGACACCUGGCCAAGAUCUACGCCUUGCACUGGUCCACGGACUCCAAACUAAUGGUCAGUGCCUCACAAGAUGGGAAACUGAUUGUGUGGGACACAUACACAACUAACAAGGUUCAUGCCAUCCCUUUGCGUUCCUCCUGGGUCAUGACCUGUGCCUAUGCCCCCUCUGGCAAUUUUGUGGCCUGUGGAGGCCUUGACAACAUGUGCUCCAUCUACAGCCUCAAGUCUCGUGAAGGCAACGUCAAAGUCAGCAGGGAGCUCUCAGCCCAUACAGGAUACCUCUCCUGCUGCCGAUUUCUUGAUGACAACAAUAUUGUGACUAGCUCUGGAGAUACCACAUGCGCGCUCUGGGACAUCGAGACGGGGCAGCAGAAGACUGUGUUCAUUGGUCACACUGGAGACUGCAUGAGCUUGGCCGUCUCCCCUGACUUCAAACUCUUCGUCUCUGGGGCUUGUGACGCUACUGCCAAACUGUGGGACGUGCGGGAGGGCUCCUGCCGUCAGACCUUCUCGGGGCACGAGUCCGACAUCAACGCCAUCUCCUUCUUCCCUAACGGCGAGGCCAUCUGCACCGGCUCCGAUGAUGCCACGUGCCGCCUCUUCGACCUGCGGGCGGACCAGGAGCUCAUCGUGUACUCCCACGAGACCAUCAUCUGCGGAAUCACCUCCAUUGCCCUCUCCCGCAGCGGGCGGCUCUUGUUUGCUGGCUACGAUGACUUCAACUGCAACAUCUGGGACUCCCUGAAAGCAGAGCGUGUGGGAAUCCUUUCUGGCCACGACAACAGAGUGAGCUGCCUGGGGGUGACGGCGGAUGGCAUGGCUGUUGCCACUGGCUCCUGGGACAGUUUCCUCAAGAUCUGGAACUGA